CAAGUGUGGAGCAAGCCGGCAAGGAGCAGCCGUGUCGGCGACAGUGUCCUCUCACCCCCGACAGCACGCCAAGGGACGGAGGGCAGGAGGAAGACUUUAGAUAUAACACUCCUAAAAGUAUAGGUAGGAUUCAAGUUGCAAUCAAGAAAAGAAGAGUUGCCAGUUAACCCCGCUGCUGGGGGUUAACGCUACGACGGUGCUGUCGACAUGGAUAAAGUUAUCAAUUGCUUGUUUGCCGCAAUUACCCUGCUGUUGUCCGCCCGAGGGGAAGUUUUUAAAGGCGAUUGUAACUUUGAGAAGCCUCUGGCAGCAUGUGGGUAUAGCCAAGGCAGAGACGAUGACCUUGACUGGGAACAGGCCAGUGCUAGAGAGAAACCUUCAUCAGAUCCAUGGAUGCCCUCAGGUUCAGCUUUCAUGAUGGUGAACACUUCAGGACGCUUUGCAGGGCAGAAGGCCUUACUGCUGACACCCCAGCUGAAGGAGAACGACACGCACUGCGUUAUCUUCCACUACUAUAUAGGAGGCAGAGACAACAGCCACCCGGGUCACCUAAAUGUGUAUAUCAAAGAAAACAACAGUCCCAUGGGGAUGCCUGUUUGGAACGUGUCAGGUCCAGCUACUCGCUCCUGGGCGCAGGUAGAGCUGGCCAUCAGCACCUAUUGGCCCAAUUUCUACCAGAUUGUGUUUGAAGCCGUAACCUCAGGGCAGCGUGGCUUGCUGGCCAUCAAAGACGUCGUGGUCCAGGGCCACCAGUGCAUGAACACACCUCACUUCCUGACUAUAAAGGGAGUGGAGGUCAAUGCUGGACAGACUGCCUCUUUUCACUGCACUGUCAACGGACGCAAAAGGGACAACUUCCGCCUCUGGCUUCAGGGCAUCGGUGGACGGGAGGCCCCAAUGAAAGCCACUAAACCUUGGAACAACCGGCGCUUCAUAGGCACUUUCGAUGUGGAGAACACAACCAAGGGCGACUCAGGCCGCUACCGCUGCAUCGUCCACUCAGACAAAGGGGUUGGAGUGUCCAAUUAUGGGGAGCUGACCAUAAAGCAGCCCCCUGUGCCUAUUGCACCACCCCAACUGACUGCGGUUGGUGCCACAUACCUUUGGAUCCAGUUGAACGCCAACUCCAUCAACGGGGAUGGCCCGAUCAUCGACAGGGAGGUGGAAUACCGCACAGUGUCAGGCACCAUGUAUGAUCUGCAGCCUGUAGACAAGACCACACACAAGAUCGGCCACCUGGACCCAGACACAGAAUAUGAGAUCAGUGUUCUGCUGACCAGACCUCUGGAGGGAGGCACUGGAGCCCCAGGACCCCCUUUGAGGGCCAGGACCAGAUGUGCUGAGCCCAUGCACGGCCCUCGAAGGCUGGAAGUGGUUGACAUCCAAUCCAAGCAGGUGACGGUACGCUGGGAGCCUCUGGGCUACAAUGUGACCCGUUGCCACAGCUACAACCUGACCGUCCAGUACCGCUCCAGGGUGGCUGGCAAGGAGGAGACCCGGGAGGAGGUGUGCUAUGACACCCAGAGCCGCGAUCCACAGCACACCAUCCACAACUUGACGCCCUUCACCAACCUCAGUGUCAAGCUGGUGCUGCGCAAUCCAGAGGGGGUCAAGGAGAGCACCGAGCUUGAGGUUCAGACUGAUGAGGACGUGCCAGGGGCUGUUCCUCUGGAUUCCAUUCAGGGCAGUGCCUACGAGGAGAAGAUCAUCCUGACGUGGAGAGAACCAGCUCAGACCUACGGGAUCAUCACUCAGUACGAGAUCUCCUACAAGGCGGUGAGCUCCUUUGACCCUGAGCUGGACCUCUCCAAUCAGAGUGGGAAGGUAGUGAAGCUGGGCAACGAGACCACCCACAUGUUCACAGGCCUCUACCCGGGCUCUACUUACUCCUUCACCCUACGUGCUAGCACAGCCAAGGGCUAUGGCCCCCCUGUCAUCACCCAGUUCACCACCAAGAUUUCAGCGCCCUCCAUGCCGGCAUACGACCAGGAGACCUCUCUGAACCAAACUGACAGCACAGUCACUGUACUGCUGAAGCCUGCCCAGAGCAGAGGCGCACCAGUGAGCGCGUACCAGGUGGUGGUGGAGGAAGAACGUCCACGCAGAGCACGAGGCACAGCAGAAAUCCUGCGCUGCUACCCAGUUCCCAUUCACUUCCAGAACGCCACGCUCCUAAACUCCCAGUACUACUUCACUGCUCAGUUUCCCGCCGCCGGCAUUCACUCACCCCAGCCCUUCACUGUGGGGGACAACAAGACCUACAACGGGUAUUGGAACGCCCCUCUGCUUCCCCAGAAGAGCUACAGCAUCUAUUACCAGGCUGUCAGCACAGCCAACGGGGAGACCAAAAUCGACUGUGUUCGAGUCGCCACCAAAGCCGCCAUACUCGUGACUCAGCUCACAACACCCUACAUCCGCAUCGCCCCAGCGGCUGGUGACAACCAACUAACAGGAGCAGCCACUCACAAACCCGAUGCAGUGGAGCCGGAGAAACAAACCGACCACACGGUGAAGAUCGCAGGGGUCAUUGCCGGCAUCCUCCUCUUCGUCAUCAUCUUCCUAGGAGUCGUGCUCCUCAUGAAGAAAAGAAGAACCUAUCACUCCUACACUUACUACCUGAAAUUGGCUAAGAAGCGUAAGGAGACACUGAACAGCACCCGCCAGGAAAUGACAGUGAUGGUCAACUCCAUGGACAAGAGCUACACGGAGCAGGGCACCAACUGUGACGAGGCGCUCUCCUUCAUGGACACACACAACCACACGCUCAACACCCGCAGUGAGUGUGCGCUCACACUCAACGGCCGCAGUGAAUGUACCCUCACUCUCAACGGCCGAGCUGGAUCAUCACCCUCUUCCUUUACGUUGCCUAAAGCCAACACUCUCAGCACUUCCAUCCCCACCAACUCCUACUACCCAGAUCCCUUUGUGCCAACUGCUAUCUUAGAUGAGAGCCAGAACAUGGGCAGUGACACCAGCAGCCUGGUGCAGUCCCACACCCACUCUCUCAGGAAGCGGGAGCCGGUGGAUGUGCCAUACCAGACGGGUCAGCUGCACCCGGCGAUCCGCGUGGCAGACCUCCUCCAGCACAUCACCCAGAUGAAGUGUGCUGAGGGCUACGGCUUCAAGGAGGAGUACGAGAGCUUUUUUGAAGGACAGUCAGCGCCAUGGGACUCUGCCAAGAAGGAUGAGAACCGCAUGAAGAACCGAUAUGGGAAUAUUAUUGCAUAUGAUCACUCCCGUGUCAGGCUGCAGGCCCUGGAGGGGGAACAGAGCUCCGAUUACAUUAAUGCAAAUUACGUUGAUGGCUACCACAGGCCAAAUCAUUACAUUGCGACUCAAGGCCCCAUGCAGGAGACGGUCUUUGACUUCUGGAGGAUGGUCUGGCAGGAGAACACGGCAGCUAUCGUCAUGGUGACCAACCUGGUGGAAGUGGGCAGGGUGAAGUGCUGUAAAUACUGGCCUGAUGACACUGAGAUCUACAGAGACAUCAAGGUGACGCUGAUAGAGACUGAGCUGUUGUCGGAGUACGUCAUCAGGACAUUUGCUGUAGAGAAGAGAGGAGCUCAUGAGAUCCGGGAGAUUCGUCAGUUUCACUUCACAGGCUGGCCGGACCACGGCGUGCCCUAUCAUGCCACAGGCCUGCUGGGGUUUAUUCGGAGAGUCAAGUCCAAGACCCUGACCAAUGCUGGGCCCAUGGUGGUCCACUGCAGCGCUGGAGCCGGCCGGACAGGCUGCUUCAUCGUCAUCGACAUCAUGCUGGACAUGGCGGAGCGGGAGGGUGUGGUAGACAUUUACAACUGUGUGAGGGAGCUGCGCUCACGGAGGGUCAACAUGGUCCAGACUGAGGAGCAGUAUGUCUUCAUCCAUGAUGCCAUUUUGGAAGCAUGUCUCUGUGGCGACACCACUAUACCAGCGAGCCAACUGCGCUCCGUCUACUAUGACAUGAACCGCCUGGACCCACAGACCAACUCUAGCCCCAUUAAGGAGGAGUUCAGGACGCUGAAUAUGGUGACUCCCACGCUGCGGGUGGAAGAUUGCAGCAUUGCCUUGCUGCCCAGGAACCACGAGAAGAACCGCUGCAUGGACGUCCUCCCUCCAGACCGCUGCCUCCCCUUCCUGAUCACCAUUGAUGGGGAGAGCUCCAAUUAUAUCAACGCUGCGCUCAUGGAUAGUUACAAGCAGCCUUCUGCAUUCAUAGUGACCCAGCACCCAUUGCCAAACACAGUAAAGGACUUCUGGAGAUUGGUGCUGGACUACCACUGCACUUCCAUAGUAAUGCUCAACGACGUUGACCCAGCCCAGUUGUGCCCACAGUACUGGCCAGAAAAUGGAGUACACCGCCACGGACCUAUCCAGGUGGAGUUUGUCUCUGCCGACUUGGAAGAGGACAUCAUCAGCAGAAUAUUUCGAAUCUACAAUGCAGCACGGCCUCAGGACGGCUACCGGAUGGUGCAGCAGUUCCAGUUCUUGGGCUGGCCCAUGUACAGAGACACGCCCAUGUCCAAACGCUCCUUCCUCAAGCUGAUUCGACAGGUGGACAAGUGGCAGGAGGAGUACGAUGGGGGCGAGGGACGCACCGUAGUCCACUGUCUGAAUGGAGGCGGCCGCAGUGGAACAUUUUGUGCCAUCAGCAUAGUGUGUGAGAUGCUCCAGCACCAGCGCUCUGUGGAUGUUUUCCACGCCGUCAAAACACUGAGGAACAAUAAACCCAACAUGGUGGACCUACUGGACCAGUACAAGUUUUGCUAUGAAGUGGCACUGGAGUACUUGAACUCUGGGUAACUCAGAGCUACUGAGCCCACCAGAGACUUAAAGUUUGGGACAUUACAGACAACUGCAGCUCACAUGUGUGCAUCGUGCUAAGUGUGUGUGUUACCAACCCGACAGGAACAAGGUACACACACAACCAUACAUGCAGCUCCCUUGACCAGCUCGUUCCUUCUUCUGGUCUUCAGUUGGUCUAGAUGGGAAAGGUAGCAGAGGUGUACAGUGUUAAAUAUCGCCGCCUGUUUCUGUCAGUACCGGCUGAGGAAGCCAGCAGGAGCGCAGUGAGUUUAUUUUUUGUUCCUCUGCAGUGAGCCUCUCUGGAUUCCUCUCUCUCUCUCCGUCUCUAUCCCUCUCAGCCGCCUGUAGUCCCGUGGUUGUUGCCUUGACCCUCAUUGGACGACGAGCAUUAAAUACUUACCGGUUUUCAGUGGAAUGCGAUAUGCUGUACAUAAUGCAAUGUGUUCAUUUUAUUCUCUCUGAUUUAUGAUUUUUUUGCUCAGCUCAUUAUUAAGAGUCAUUAAAUGCGGGAGCUCAAAGCCUAAAUGUUACUAAAUGUCCUGUAAACUUAUGACUUCUAGACGAUUACUGCUUCAUCCUGUAUGUUGGGGACAGCUGGCUCAGUCUACAUCUGCUUACCUUAUUUCCUGUACAGGGAUCCAAAGCUUUAUUUGCACUUCCAUUGAAUUCCUGUUGUGCAUAUUGUACAUAUUUCUGUAGAUUAUUUAUUCACGGUAUGUACUUUUUUUGUGACUCGCAGUAAGUGACAAUCAUAGGUUUGGUUUAUUGACUG